CAUUUCAGUUGCUUGUAUAUCGAGGCAUCGAGCUAGUUGAUCAUUGUGAUUUUCGGAAAGUGUAUUAAAUCUCGUUUAAAUGGGGGUGGAGUUGAAACAAAAAUGAAAUCCCGACAUAUUCUAAGUGAUUACAAAGGAAUUGGGCUUAUGGAUUAAAUGAUAAUUACAGAUGAUAAGCUCUUAGAAAAAUGUUUGCAGUCUAUUUAACUCGUUAAACAAUUUAACAAUUUGGGUCGGUUAAAUAGUUUUUCGAGAAGCACAAUAAUGAGCAACUGGGCGAGGCGAAUGCAUCGGCGAGCUGCUACAUUGAGCAAUGUGGUUACUUCUUGUGGGCAUCCUAAUUCUUUGCCAUAUCCAAGAAGACUCGAAAAAGUGAAGUUCGGUGUUCCUCUUCAUGAAGUAUGCAAGGAUGACAUACCGGGACCCUUACUUGUGCUGAUAUUGAAAUUGAAUAAAGAAGCACCAUUACGGCGCGAUGUGUUUCGCGCUCCUGGGCAUCAAGGAGCUAUGAAAAAGCUUAUACAUUUUCUACAGACGGGUCGUCUUGUCAAUGUCGAUAAUUAUUCUGUAUAUACCAUAGCCAGUGUGCUCAAAAAGUUUUUACGGAAGAUACCUGGAGGUGUGUUCGGAAGGGAAGGCGAGAUGCAGUUGUUCACAGCGGUGGAGCUACCAGCUGAACAGCAAGUUGACGCUAUAAGAAGGUUGCUACUAUCGCUGCCAGUCUGUACGCAGAGAUUAUUGGUGCUACUCUUCGGUACGUUUCGCGUGAUGGCGUCUAACGCUGAUAAAGCUGGCACAGGGAUGACAUCAGAGGCCCUGGGCGUGUCGGUGGCACCAUCGUUCUUCCACUCGUGCGUGUCCGAUGGCAAGACCGCGACUAUGGAGGAUGUUCAGCGGUUCAAGGUGGCAACUCGCAUAAUGCGUCAACUGAUCGAGCAGUUCAGCGCUGGAGAUCUGUUCGGGCGGGAAAAUUAUGAGUACUACGCGCGUGUGACGGGCAGGAUACUGCGGGUUAGGGACGAGUGGAUCUGCUCGUUCAGAGACCCGCCUCCCCCAAGGCACGGACGCGACCAGGAGGCGUAUGCUAGACAGCUGUCUUUGGAAGCGGAAAAAACAUGGCUUCAGUGUGAAUGCGACCGUUGGGGUCUAUCGAAAUCCGAGGAGUGUCAAUCGAUGCCAGCGUUAAUGGGUGCGGUGGGGGGGACGGGGGCAGGCGCGGGGCUCGGGAUCAUUCCAGAACACAGCCUCUUGGACUCGUGCACUCGUCUCUCCAUCUCACUUGAAGAGAGCGUAUUUAAGGUGUCCGUCAGUUCGUCAUCGCAGUCGUCCCGAAGCAACUCGAGUCCGCAUAUGACGCUAGAAGAACUGCGUGCCAUCAACAAAUACGCCGAGAGUACCAAGAGCCUCUCAUAUUUACCACAGGUAACGACAACAAAAUAUCUCAUUUGAUUCCAAUGGAAAUUUUUACAACUUUUUUGAAUGAUUUGUUUCAUAAAGUUUAUGUAAAGUUUCGAGCAUUAUUUUUGAUUACAUUUUUAAAUUCUAAUGUUAGAAGUGUGGCGAUUUAUAUUAUAACCGAUUUUUAUUAAAUAUCAAAGACU